GGGAAAGGAGAGCAACCCACCGUUCCAAUCGUCACCUGCUUUUCACAUCUACAUCUCUCAAGCCUCUGUGCCACCCAGACACUUCCUCAACACACUUACACGCUUCCCAAAGUCCUCGAUACCAUCCCUGAGAGAGAGACACACCCCUGACCUCCUCUUGCCCGGACAUAGAAACAAAAACAAAAACAAUGGCCGUCGCAGUUCUUGUCUCUCGCAACGAUGCGCUGAGAACACACCCUCCCGCGGGUGACGCGAGACUCUCUGUAAAUGGCUCCAACUGGCUCUUUACCGUCACGAGCAUUUUCGGGCUCGCUACUCUCAUCUUCUGGGCCCUCAAGUUCCGCGCCCGCAGCGGAGAGCGCUUCUUCCACUACCUCUUCAUCAUCACCAGCUUGACCGGCCUGAUCGCCUACUAUGCCAUGGCCUCCGACCUGGCGUGGGUGCCGAUCCGGCAGGCCAACUCGGUCGGCCACAGCGGGCUCGUCCGGCAGAUCUUCUGGGCCAAGUACGUCUUCUGGGUGGUCGCCUUCCCGGCCAUCGUCAUCGCCCUCGGCGUCCUGUCCGGCGUCUCCUGGGCCACCAUCGUCUACAACGUCGCCCUCACCUGGACCUGGGUCAUCGGCUACCUCGUGGCCGCCUUCACGCCGUCCAACUUCAAGUGGGGCUUCUUCGCCUGGGCCUUCCUCGCCCACAUCUUCGCGCUCGUCUCGCUCUGGGUCCGCGGCGGCAGCGCUGCGGACCGCGUCGGCAUCCGCCGCGACUACUUCGCCCUCACCGGCUGGGUCACCUUCCUCUGGCUGAUCUACCCGCUCGCCUGGGGCCUGACCGACGGCGGCAACUUCAACGGCGUCACCGGCAGCUUCAUCUGGUUCGGCAUCCUCGACAUCCUCCUCUUCCUCGGCACCGGCUUCGCCAUCAUCUUCCGCUCCGGCCGCUGGGACUACGGCCGCCUCAACAUCGCCUUCACCCAGUACGGCCGCGUCCCCGCCCAACCGGGCACCUUCCCCGAGAAGGCCGCCCCGCCGGCCGCUGCUGCCGGUGCCGGUGCCGCUCCCGCUCCCGCUCCCGCUGCCGCUCCCGCUGCCGGCCCGGCCACAACCACCGCCCCCACGGCCGCCAAUACUGCUACUGUUUAAAUGAGCCAGUCUGUAGUCUCUCGCUCCGCUCACCCAUUAUUGGUGGCUGGUGUAGGAAAGGAAAAAGGGGGGG